GGGUCACUGGCAAGCUCUGCGAUACCCCAAUCAAUGAACUAGAAAGACAUCAGGCGAAGAGAAUCGACGCAUAUCAGAGGCAUAAUGCCGUUAAUGAAAGGAGAUUUGCUAACUACAACCAGAAGGCUCGUCAAGGGCUUGGCCAAGGCCGAGCCUGUUUGGCUCAAAGCCAUGGAACAGGCUCCUCCUGCAACUUUCCCAAGAGGUGACGGGAAAGUUCAGAAGAUUAAUCUUCCUGAGGAUGUUUAUAUAAAGAAGUUCUUUCAGAAGCAUCCUGAUUCCAAACAACAAGAUGCCAUCAAGAUUUGUGGUUUUGAACCUGUUCCAGCUCGUAUAUUUGGUUUGCGGGUGCUUGAGUUGAAGGAGAAUGGAGUUAGUGAAGAGGAAGCUAUGGCUGUGGCUGAUAUGGAAUAUCGGGCAGAGAAGAAAGAGAAAAAGAAGGCAUACGCUCGAUUGAAACAAAUUGCACGUCUUCAGGGGAAGAGGCCUCCUCCAAACCCAUAUCCUAGUGCUAUUAAGGAGAUACAAGCAGGGGAGAGGAAGUAUGUUCGUGAUCGUUUCUUUAAUCCCAGUGUACUCAAAAUGGUGCAAAUGCUGAAAGAGGAGAAGGCAGCGGAAACGGAAGACAGAAGGAAAGCGGGUGGCUGGUAAUGUAUACUCUAAGGCAUGACAGUUGAUCAAUUUAGAGAACUUCAUUUCGUCCCUCUGAGGUAUGGAGAUAAAAAUAUAAUUCAUAAGAAGGUUGAUAUUUGCCUAUUCUCAGAUAUUUUUAUCCUGUGAAUUAACAUUUUCUAGUUUAUGAUCAGUUUAUGAUCUUUGAUUGACGGGAUUAUAUGAUAAUUUUCUUCUACUGAUGUCUGACAUGCUGAUUUUUUUUCUUUUUUUUUCCUUUUAAA